GGGAAGCCGUACACCGGCGGCCCAAGCCCGCCCUACUCCUACAUCGCGCUCAUCGCCAUGGCCAUCCGGGACUCGGCCGGCGGCGCCUUCACCUGGCCCGAUCAACGAAUACUGAUGGCAGCUCCCUUCUUCCGCGCGCCUAACGGCUGGCGCAACUCGGUCGCCAACCGUCGCUCAACGACUGCCCCGCCGCCGCGCUCCCGCCAAGGGGGCCGGGCGCUCUGGCCCGCGCCGCCCGCCCCCUACCCGCUGGGCUCUCUCUUUGCCGGCGGCCUCCUGCCGCUCUACGCCUACGGGCCCCAGCCGCUGGAGCGCAGGAGGGAGGCGCUGACGGCCGGCAGCGCCUCUCUCCCGCCGGAGCCUCCCCAGCUCUUCCCCUCCCCUGCCGAGGCGCUGCUCGGCUCCCCGCUCUAUUGCCCCCUCCGGCUGCCCGGCCCGUUGCGCACAGCCACGGGGCGCCCGGCCUCUUACCCGCCCUGCCCCCUCGACAGCCUCCUGCCUUAA